AUGAGCCAUGCGGGGCCAUCACCUGCUGCAGACACUGAGCUUUCCCUGCGGACAAUAGCUGAGCAACAGCGUAUCAUUGAGGCAAUGCGUCAGAUUAUAGCGGAGUUGAAAGCUCGAGUGGCAACACUCGAGGCGGCCGCCCGUUCACCGCCCACUGCUACAAAAUCUCCCACUACUAAUCCCACUGCCACCUCUACUACUACUGCUAGUACUGCUAGUACUACCACUUCUACUACUAUUACUACUAAUAAUAACAACGAUACUACUAGUGCUGCUACUGCUGCGGCUGCAGCAGCUGCUGCAGAGGUGGCGAGGCUGACUCGGGAGCGUGACGCGGCAGCGGCGGGUCUUGCGGAGACACGUGCGGAGUGCCGGCGGCUCGACGCAGCAGCAACAUCAACCCGAUCGCUUCUACACGCCGCCGCAGCGCGGGCCCGUGUAGCAGAGGACGAGUGCCGUCGUUUGCGGGAGUUCCACGAGAACAUUGGCGUAGAGCGGGCCCGCUGGAAGGCACUUGCCACCGCCAUUGCCGCCCGUUUAGAUGAUGACACACGCACACGCGCUCUCUUGCACAUCGAGGCACUUGACCGUAACGGUCGCACACGCGGAGAGAUCGCUGUACCAUCAGACCCGCUCGACCUUCUUAGCGCCGUGAGCGUUCUGCACGGACCACCACCGCAUCUCCCAAGGCGCGGUGACACCAGUACUUACAAGACUUACAACACCUACGACGGCACCAGUAUGCGGGGUCAGGAGAUGCGUCGAGGGGGUGGGGGGCGCAAGGGCCACGGGCGCUUUUUGGUGCCACUUUAG